AUCUUAGUGCCAACAAAGACACUCUGUGCGUCACUUACCUGCUCUCCGCCAUUGUUUCAUCAUGGACGUUUUGUUGGGACUCAAAUGUAUGUUUUUGGAGCUUAUUGUUGUCAGCUGCUAUGACUUCAUGCAGAGCCGCAUAGUGGGAGGAUACGCCCCUGCACCCCAUUCCAUCAAAUACAUGGUGUCAAUACAGAAUGACAAAGGCCAGCACUUCUGUGGGGGAUCUUUAAUCAACAAGUACUGGGUGCUGACGGCAGCACAUUGUAACAUUGGGUCCAGCCAGAUGGUCAUUGUGGCAGGAGACUAUUCCCUGUCAGUGUAUGAAGGAACAGAACAGUUCUUUACUCCACGUGUCCUGGUUCCCCAUCCAGAGUAUAACAAGAGCACCAACAACGCAGACAUCAUGCUCAUAAGGUUAAAGGUCCCCGUACAAUUAAACAGCUUCGUGACGGUGGCCCCCCUACCACGCCAAGGGGCCUCGGUAUCAGAGGGGCGAGUGUGCCGGGUGUCCGGCUGGGGCUACACCAGCUCCAGUGGGGCCCAGAUCCCUGCCACCCUCCGUACCGUAAAGGUUCCUAUCGUCUCUGCUGUCCAUUGCAACAGCAGCCAGUCCUUCGGGGGCAAUAUCACAGCUAAUAUGAUAUGUGCUGGAUACUCUGCGGGGGGAAAAGACGCCUGUAAGGGCGACUCUGGCGGACCCCUGGUCUGUGAGGGCCGUGUCUACGGUGUGGUUUCCUGGGGGAACAGCUGCGCCAGUGCCAAAUAUCCGGGCGUCUACACUGCCGUCUCGCAGUAUCGCAGCUGGAUUGAUCAGACUAUUAACAGCUUCUACGGCAAGUAUAUAACCGCAACUGUUUUUUAUAAGUGCCUGUGCUAUUCAACUGGACCUUCCCUGCAGCAAAAUCCUCAGCCAGAGCUGGAAAGAAGUUCAUGGAACUUCUGA